AUGGGCUUCCUCGACUGGAACGACGGUGCCUCCGUCCUCUCAGGCAGAUCUCGCCGUCACAAAUCCUCUCGUUCUCACAAGAAGCGCCGUUCGCGAUCCCGCUCCCGCUCUAGCUCCCGUGAGCGUGGCCGUGGUGGCCUCGCCGAUAUGGCAGACUCCUUCUUUGGCGGAGAUCGCUAUGGCAAGCACAAUUCCUCGCGCUCUUCAUUCUUUGGACUUGGCGCCUCAUACCUCGGAAUCGAAAAGGUUGCUAACUCGCUGACUACCUACCUAGGUCGCUCGUCUUACUACAAGCGCUCCCCACGUCAAGGCUUUGUCCAGAAGACAUACAAGCAACUCAAGCGUCUCCUCCGCGACCUCGUCCAUUGGGCUAAGCGCCACCCAUGGAAGGUCUUCUUCGUCGUUAUCAUGCCCUUAGUCACGGGGGGAGCUCUGACUGCUCUUCUUGCCCGCUUCGGCCUCCGUAUCCCACCCGCCAUUGAGCGCAUGCUCGGUGUCGCCUCCAAGGCUGCUACCGGCGACUCGUCCGGCCUUGUAGGCGAAGCUGUCCGCAUGGCCAGCGGUUUCGGCGGCAACAGCGCCGUUCGCGUAGAGCGCGACACGCACUCCUACAGUGGUGGCGGCAGUGGUGGCGAUACUUGGGGUGGUUUUGCUGGUAUGGCCAAGAAGUGGAUGUGA